ACGAUGAGGAAGGGGGUGUUCUUUCAGUAACACAAGGAGGCUCGGAUGCAGCCUGGACUCUAUCCCCUGGGAUCAAUCUUCAGUUCGGUCUUCGACACCAGUUGGUCGGUUGCAGUCGUGGAGGUGGAGAUGACUGCGUGUGUGUGUGUUAGAUGGAUUUUUGUUUAGACUACCAGGAGUCCUAGAGAGUGUAGAGGCCACCGUAGUGUUGCUGCCGAGGAGUAGGAGGAGGCCGUCUUGUCGGGGAGCAGGGCUGCCAAUCCAAGAGGAGAAGGAGGUUUGGGGGUGAUCUUGGUGUUGGGUGAUUGGUGGUGGCAGACAUGAGUGGAGCCAGUGCCUGUGAAGUCAUCUUCAUCUCGGUCAGCCAUAGCACCACACUGAUGGGGAAGGUGUGGCUGGUCAUCAUGGUGUUCCUCCGGGUCCUCGUCCUGCUGCUGGCCGGCUACCCGCUCUACCAGGACGAGCAGGAGCGCUUCGUGUGCAACACCAUCCAGCCGGGCUGCGCCAACGUCUGCUACGACCUCUUCGCCCCCGUCUCCCUCUUCCGCUUCUGGCUGGUGCAGCUGGUGUCCGUCUCCCUGCCCUACCUCGUCUUCGUAGUCUACGUGGUCCACCGGGUCCUGUGCGGGCUGACCGCCGGCUCUGCCCUUCCUCCUCCUCCCUCUGCACCUCCUCUUCCUCCGGCACAGGACGUCGGGAGGGCUGGGAAGGACCCGCCCGGGACGCCAUCGGCGGCGGCGGCGGCGGCCCUGCGUGCCGAGCUCGGCCCCGGGCGGCGGUGCUUCGCGGGCGCCUACCUCCUGCAGCUGGUCUUCCGCAUCCUGUUAGAGGUGGGCUUCGGCGCCGCCCACUACUACCUGUUUGGCUUCCACAUCCCCAGCCGCUUCCUGUGCCAGCAGGCGCCGUGCACCACCCAGGUGGACUGCUACAUCUCGCGGCCCACCGAGAAGAGCGUGAUGCUGUGCCUCAUGCUGGGCGCCGGCGCGCUCUCCCUGGGGCUCAACGCGCUGGACGUGGUGUGCGCCGUCAAGCGCUCGGUGAGGCAGAGCGCGAGGAAGAGGCGGCGGCGGCGGAGGGCGCGUGUGGAGAAGCUGUACGAGGAAGAGCGCUAUUACCUCAUCAACGGUGGGAGCCACAGCGGCAGUGGCGGCGGUGGCGGCGGUGCGUCCCGCCCCGGAAGCUUCCGGAAGCGGGGGCCAAGCAAGGCCUCGAGCGUCUGCGGCCCCGUCCCCGACCACUGCUCGGUACGGGGCUCCCUGGUGGCCCUCAGCCCGGGGGCCCCCCGCGGCCUAAAUACCAACAACGGCAACAACGGCUACGGGCAGGCCCAGCGGGAGGAGGCGGCGCCCCACGGCAGCGACGUGGCCCCCGGACCCCCCUCCGAGCCCCCCGCCACGCCCCGGUCCAUCCGCGUCAACAAGCAGGGCCGCCUCAAGCCCCCUCCCCCGCCGCGGCGGGACUCCGCCGCGCCGCCGCUGGGGUCGUUCGGGGUCGUCUCCAAGGCGACAGCGGACGGCGGCAGCAGAAGGGGCGGUCAGUACACUCAGGUGGAGCUUGGCGGUUGCCAGGACGACGGCCAGGCGGAGAGGUCGGAAUGGGUGUGA